AUGGAGGAGAUCAACCAAAAUCCCAGGCUCUUGUCCAACAUCACUCUUGGCUAUGACAUUUAUGAUAACUAUUAUGAUGCAAGGACAACCUUUGACUCCAUGGCCGACUUGCUCUCGCCUGGUCCAGCAAAUGUUCCCAACUAUCGCUGUGGAAGAAGGAGCAACUUGAUGGCGAUGAUUGAAGGAGAAGCUUCUGCCAUUUCCAAAGAUAUUUCCAUCAUGUCCAGUAUCUACAAAAUCCCACAGAGGAACAGAAGGAUGAAUUGUGAUGAGACCUUACUCAGCACUAUAACACAGUUUGGAAGAAAAGCGUUUGACUGUUUGUAUUCAAAGCAUGCAUUGUCAGUCAAAGGGAGGACAAGGUGCCAGGAGAAGGAGACCAUGGAAACCUUGUCCACAGAGGAGGUGGAACAAAUGUUGUCUCUGGACAGCUAUACUAUUUACAGCCUUGUCCAGGCUGUGGCACGAGUUUUAAAUGUGGCAAGUGGCUCCAGGUCCUUGCAGAUGAUAAGGCAGGAUGACAACCAGCUACAAGAGAUUCAACCAUGGCAGCCCUUCUUUCAGUCCAGGUGUACUGAAAGCUGUCGGCUUGGCCAGACUAAAGUGGUGCUAGAAGGAAGGCCUCUCUGCUGCUAUGGAUGUGCCUUGUGUGCAGAAGGGACCAUCUCCUCUCUGGAAGAUGCAGACCACUGCACCACAUGUCCAGAUGACCAGUAUCCAGGGAAGGAUCAAGUUCAGUGUAUCCCCAAGAUUAAAAGCUUCUUGUCCUAUGAAGAAAUCUUGGGAAUCACUUUAGCUUCCUUUGCCCUAUUUUUUUCCUUCACCGUAGGAUGUGCCUUAGGAAUUUUUACUAAAUUCCGAGAAACUCCCAUAGUCAAAGCCAACAACCGGGAUCUCUCUUACAUCCUCCUCAUCUCCCUGUUGUUUUCCUUCCUGACUUCCUUCCUUUUCAUUGGGCAGCCAAGGAAAGCCACCUGCCUUCUCCGGCAAACAGUUUUCAGCAUCGUCUUCUCAACUGCUGUCUCCUCGGUCUUAGCCAAGACAAUCACAGUGGUGCUUGCCUUUCUGGCCACAAAACCAGGAAACACCAUGAGGAGGUGGCUGGGAAAGACUCUGGCCAAUUCCAUUGUUCUUUCUUGUUCUGGGAUUCAAACUCUCAUUUGUUGCAUUUGGCUAGGAGUCUCUCCUCCAUUCCCUGAUUCUGACCUGCACUCCCAACCUGGUGAGAUCAUCCUGCAAUGCAAUGAAGGCUCCGUCACCAUGUUUUAUGGAGCUCUUGGCUACAUGGGCUUCCUAGCUGCCAUCUGCUUCAUGAUGGCUUUCCUGGCCAGGAACCUCCCUGGGGCCUUCAACGAAGCCAAGCUGAUCACCUUCAGCAUGCUGGUCUUCUGCAGUGUCUGGGUCUCCUUCGUGCCCGCUUACCUGAGCACCAAGGGAAAGUACAUGGUGGCCGUGCAGGUCUUCUCCAUCUUGGCCUCCAGUGCCGGCCUGCUGGCCUUCAUCUUCAUCCCCAAGUGCUACAUUAUUUUGCUAAGACCAAAUCUGAAUACAAAGGAACAGCUGAGGGCAAAAACAAGAGAUGGCUUGAAAGUGAACGCAACAUAA